AUGCCUUCGCAUCUAAAUGAGGAGGAGGACAAGCCCUGCAGAGCUUGUUCGGACUUCAAGACUUGGGCAAAAAAACAAAACAAAUCCAAACCGCAAGACGUGAAACCACCGCCUGUAACAGAAAAAAAGGAAUGUCCCUUAGACAAGGAUGAAUUGGGUCGACAUACUUGGGGCUUCCUUCACUCUAUGGCGUCAUAUUUUCCAGAAAAACCAACUCAUACACAAUCUAAUGAUAUGAGCAAGUUUUUUAAUAUAUUUGCUCAAUUUUACCCAUGUGAACCGUGUGCACUGGAUUUUAAAGAAGAUAUAGCAAAACAUCCACCAAAAACAAAAUCUAGGAAGGACCUUGUUAAGUGGCUUUGUGAGCGACACAACACGGUCAAUAUAAAACUAGGAAAGCCCGUGUUUGACUGCAGCAAAGCUAACGAGAGGUGGAAGGAUGGCUGGUUAGAUGGUUCCUGCGAUUAA